AUGUCGAAUAUAACAUUGAUUCAAAAUUAUACAACUGAUCAGUCGAAUUAUGUCAAAUAUAUUAUCAUGCAAACUUGUUAUAUUCCAUCUAUUAUCUGUUCUAUUUUUACACUUACGAAUUUAUUAUUAAAUCGUAAUCUUCGCUUAGCUCUUCAUAAUCAUACAUCAAUUAUAUUAUUAUGUAUUUCUAUUUUUGAUUCAUUUUUCAAUCAUCCUUUGACAUUAAAUUAUCUACGUAUUAGUCAUAUAGUACCAUCAACUGACGGAUUAUGUCUCUUUUGGAAUUUUACUAAUUCAAUAUUUGUUGUUUCAACUUAUUGGACAGUUGCAUGGGGUUCUAUUGAAAAACAUUUAUUUAUAUUUUAUUCAACAUUAUUUGCUACACAACGUCGACGAAUAUUAUUUCAUUACAUACCUCUUCUAUUCACAACUUUUAUUUAUCCAGUUGUAUCGAAUAUCAUAAUCAUUCUAUUUUAUCCAUGUGAAAAUCAUUUUAAUAUGAUGUCACUUUACUGUGCAUUUCCAUGUGCAUUAUAUAUUCAAUCUGUAGCAUUGUAUACUCGAUUUGCACAUAAUUUUAUACCAACUUUUACUGUAGUUGGUUUUACCUUAGCUCUGCUUGUACGUGUAAUUAAACAAAAACGACAAAUGCAGAAUAAUCAAUUCAAUUGGCGUAAAUUUCGUCGAAUGAUUAGUCAACUAUUGCUUCUCGUAGGUCUCUUCCUUUCAGUAACCUUACCAGCAACGACUGUAAGUAUUAUUCAAAAUUGUUGUCUACCAACUUUUGCUGCUACUUUACAAAAAUCUUAUUUUAAUUUUCUAAUUCGAUUUCUUACAAUGUUCAUGCCAUUUAUUUGUCUUAUUUCAUUUCCUGAAAUUUGGUCUAAAUUAUUAUGGUGGAAUAAUAUUCAAAUUCAUUGA